UCAAACUCAAAAGGACAGUUUACUUUUUCAGCAGGCCACGACAUAUAAAGCCUCAGUCAGACGUACUUGAGGAUCGUCGACUAAUAAACAAAAAAUGAUGAUCAAAGAUAUUCAAAACGCAAACAGAGUCGAGAAGAGUGCAAACGACGUACCUUUUCAAUCUCCAGGAGAUUACGUUAGAUUCAUAAGUCCCGAUGUUUACAGAUCCAACAGACAGAAGUAUCUCAGAAGCUACACGUUCAAAAGCUACGGGGACGCACAAUUCUUGUCGGCCAAGAAACAGAGGAAGUGGUUCAAGAACAAGAAGGCGAUGAACAUGAAGAUGAAGAAGACCAGUGAGUCUCUUGGAAACUCGCUCAAGUCUUGUCUCAGGCUCUUGCUCUCUUGCUUCCAUGUCUGAUUCGUGUAUUUAUGUUUACGAUCAUUUCCUUUUUCUUCUAAUCGCAAUUUCAACCUCCAUCUUUACUAUGUUUUCUUUGGAAUAAUUUCGAACUCCUUGUAUAAGUGUAUAACCAUAUCCGAAUACAAAUCUCACGUUCAUAUUUUGCA